AUGGCUGCUCAGCAGCCGCAAAGCGGCAAGCCGUGGAGCGGCAACAACAAGAUUCCUACCGUCAAUCAAUUUAUAGCAAACCUCGACCGGGACAAGGCAAACCGCGACAAGAACAUCGAUGAACAGCGACGAAAUUUAGGAGCUUCCAGUGAAAUCACUCCUCACAAGAACGAGCAGCAAAAGAAGGAGGGCAAAACUGUGACGGACCCGGUGACCGGAAAGGACAUCGUCAUCGCAGAUGUCGGCAAGGAUUACAUGAAAAGAGCAGAAAAUCCCGUGUUGUCUGUACCUAAUGCAAACCUUGGCAAGCCUACGCCUGUGGCGACAGAUCCAUCCCAAAAGAACCCCGAGUACAAGGAAAAGCAAGAUAUCACUGCGCCUCCGGAUCCAAUCGCUGAAGGAUCUACUUCCGAUGUACCCAUCCACGGUGAAAAGACCAACAUUUUAUUCCAUCCAACCCCUUCUGUCAGUUAUGAGCCGAUGUUUGAAGUCCUCGAGAAGCGCGCCGGGGGCCUGUGCAUUGCCAUCUUGCUCUCCGUCGUCUUCUUGGGAAAGAUGUUUGGCGGUUCUUUGAAAGGCUUGGUACCCCUGGGCAUGUGCCUCGCUUCAGGCGUGUGGUUAUGGAUGAAGGAGGUGGUCAGAAGUGGCCGCGAAGUUGAGUGGUCUAGUGAACAAACUCGAGGCGAGACUGCCACUGCAAAUCUCCUCCCCGAAUCUGUCGAGUGGAUGAACACAUUUUUGUCUGUCGUCUGGGGACUAAUCAAUCCUGAGAUGUUCGCUGCCGUUGCAGACACACUCGAAGAUGUCAUGCAAGCCUCAGUGCCCGCUGUGAUCAACAAUGUUCGAGUGGCCGAGAUCGACCAAGGUAAUAAUCCAAUUCGAAUUCUCAGCUUGCGAGCUCUACCGGACUCGAGAGUGCAAGAUCUCAAACAGAGCAUCCAUGAAGAGAACAAGAAGACUAAAGACCCCCAAGAAGCGGCUGCUGAUGAGGAGGGGGGUGACUACUACAAUCUUGAGAUUGCUUUCGCUUACCAUGCCAAACCAACUGGCCAGAGUGCUUCUUCUCGUGCGAGAAACAUGCACAUGAAUCUUGUUUUCUACCUGGGCAUCAAGGGAUUGAUCGGUGUACCAUUGCCAAUCUUUGUUGAACUACAAGAGCUGGUUGGGACUGUGCGUCUCCGCUUGCAGAUGACUCCGGAGCCACCUUUUGCUAAGAGUCUCACCUUUACUCUGAUGGGUGUUCCCCAUGUCCAAGCAGGCUGCAUCCCGAUGGUGAAACGUGGAGUGAAUAUUCUUAACCUACCGUUGAUCUCAAAUUUCGUCAACUAUGCAAUCGGAGCUGCGGCAAGCAUGUAUGUGGCUCCCAAGUCAAUGCAGAUUGAUCUGAAAGCCAUCCUCCAAGGAGACGACAUCACCAAGGAUGUUCAGGCCCUUGGCGUUAUGUGGAUCCGAAUUCAUCGUGCUAUUGGUUUGAGUAAACAGGAUCGUCGUGGCAGCAAGUACGGCGGCAGCGACCCCUAUAUCAACCUGUCGUUCUCGAAAUACGGCAAGCCAAUGUACUGCACUCGUGUAAUCACUGACGAUCUCAACCCCGUGUGGGAAGAGACUGCCGCACUCCUGGUUACUCCCGAUCUCGUCAAGGCUAAUGAACAGCUCAGUGUUGAGCUUUGGGAUUCGGAUCGAAAUUCCGCUGACGACAUGGUUGGAAAGGUCGAACUCUCAAUUCAGAAGAUGAUUCAACAUCCUGGCAAGAUGUAUCCUCAGAUCUCGAAGCUGGCUGGUGUGGCUGAUGGAAGUGAAAUGCCAGGUGAAUUGCAUUGGGAAGUUGGCUAUUUCGGAAAGCCCAAGUUUCGACCCGCUCUUCGUACGGAUGGCAAGGAUAAAAACCUUCCUGACAAGCUCAAGAACGAUGCCCAGUUCCAGGACGAAAAGGGCACACUUGAUACUGAAGAGGCUGACGCCGUGGCACACACACCUCCGGAUCCCCUGUGGCCCAGUGGCGUACUGAGUGUGGUUGUCCAUCAGAUUGUGAACCUGGAAUUGGAGAACAUCAAAGGCUCUGAUGGUAAUAGAAAGGGCAAGGAAUUCGAGCCCGCCAAACCAUUCGGUGAGGGUACCGACGAAGAAUCCAACAAAUUGCCCACAUCUUACUGCACAAUAUUGUUCAACGACACUCUGGUCUACCGUACUCGAGCGAAAGCUGUCAGCAGCAAGCCCAUCUUCAAUGCUGGCACUGAGAGAUUCAUGCGCGACUGGAGAUCUGGAAUAGUCACUGUCACAGUACGCGAUCAACGUAACCGCGAACAUGACCCGAUUCUGGGUGUUGUCCCUCUUCGUUUGUCAGAAAUCCUUACCACUAGCUCUCAAGUAACUCGAUGGUACCCACUCGAUGGAGGCAUCGGAUUUGGGCGUAUCAGAAUCUCUCUGCUAUUCCGAAGCGUCGAAACUCGCUUACCACCAAACAUGCUGGGCUGGGACGUCGGCACAUUCGAGUUUCUCUCGAGCCAGAUCAUUGCCAAGGGUUGGGAUCAUAACACGAAACUCAAGCUUCGCACUGGUGGCAGUGUGGGCAAGAUUCCUCGAGAGCGUUGCCACAAGACUGAGGCAGGCGAUGGGGUGUUUUUCGACGUGUCACCUGAGAAUAACCAUCACGUUCGCUUGCCUGUGAAGCACCGAUAUCGAUCACCUGUCAUCUUCGAGUUCCACGUGGCGGGCAAGCGUGGCGCUGCUGCGUACGCGUCGAUCUGGCUGCAGAAUCUGGUGGACAACGAGGAGGCCCCGAUUGAUAUCCCAAUUUGGAAAACAAAGAAUGGCAAUCGUCUCUGCCAGAACUACAUCACUGAAGAAAACGUCAAAGCAUUCAUGGAUAAGGGGCUUGAAGAUCUAGAAGAGGUGGGACGUCUUCAGUUCCGGGGUCGCUUCAAAGCAGGCAUGGACGAGUCGCACCGGGACUUCAUCGUGGAUAACGACACUCGCGAAACGUUUGAGACCUGGGAGUGCUGCUUGGCAGAGGGUGUCCGACAGCGCGUUGUCGAAGCCGAGGUCCCUGACAACAUCCGAGAAAUGCACGAAGCAUCUCUGACCGAAGGGCGUGACGUGCUCAAGCAGCAGACGUCAGAGCACGAGAAACACAAGUGGCUCAGCAAGUCUGGAGAAGACUGGUCUGGAGCCUUCAGUCAUGAUCCCAGAGCGUACACCAACAAGAAGCAUGAGAAGAUCGCUGAACCCGGGAAGGACGACCCUCCACACGACCCCUAUGCUCCGUCCGACGACGAGGAGCAUGACCAGGUGUCUUAUGAUUCGGAUGGUUCUGAAUCAUCCUCUGAUUUGGGCAUAACCGACGCCAGCAAUGCGCCCGAGGGAGGAUUCCACAAUAAUGCGCAGGAGAAUAUCGACGGCAACGCUGAGGGGCGCGCCAAUGGACGUCCUAGCGGUGAAACGGUAGCGACGACCGACACCAACUAUACUACCAUGACAGAGGGCUCGUCGGGAUCUGUGCAACCAGUGUCUAGAAGAGACUCCAAAUGGGAGAAGAAAGCCAGCAGUCGAGCAGAGGCACGUAAGCAUCGUGGCUUGGCUCAAUGGACUCCGGCGAGGAAUGUCAAGUUCGCAAAGGACGAGGCCAAGAUUGGAGUGAGCAAACUUAAGAGGAGGCUCGGAAUGGGUGGCCUGGCUGGAAGAGAGCCUGGUGUUGAGACUGAGGCUUAA